AUGAGCGUUUUCGUCGCUUCUUUUUCUUCUCCUUCGCGGUGGUGUUCUCUGUUAAAAGGAUCGACAUCAUCAUCAAAAUCAUCAUCUUCAUCGUCCGGAAGAAGAAACGAACGAGGCGCGACGAUCCAAAAGCGAGGAGGCGCAAAAACGUCCGCAUCGUCUCUUUCCUCUGAGAACCACUCGCGAGGAAAACCGAACAAAUCUGAACCGUAUAAGUUCAUGGGGCGGACGGUCAAAGAGAAGCACGUGUUUGAUUCUCAAAUGGCGAACGAAUUAGCCUUGGAAGUCGUCAGCGAGGAAACCGGAGUGGAGAAAGAAGAGUUAAAGAAGACGUUGCAAAAUUUGCAAAGUUUGUUGCCGGAACUCUCAUCGUCGUCUUUAUCGAGUAACGCGGACGCGUAUCGAGCGUCGCUGGAUAUAAAAUUGGUCGCCAGAAACGCGAUUCAGAUUAAAUCCGUGUUUCGAGAGUUGCGGUCGAACGUGUCUGAGAUGAUCGCGAAGGAUUUACGGUUGGCGUUGGAUCCGAGAGCGAGCGAAAGGUGCGAAAAGGCGUUGGAGGUUUUGACCGGUAGAGGCGAGAUGACGAGAGAAGAGGCGGAAAACUUGGUAUUUGCGACGCACAGGUAUUGCGCGGAUAAGAAGAAAAUGCUGGCGUUCUGCGAGGAGGAGACGGUGUUGGAGGUGUGCGAGAACGUGAGGAGAAUACGUUCGGCGGUUGGUGGAGAGGCGUUCUUAGCGCACAAAGUGUGCGAAAAAGGUGACGCGGCGGCAAAUAUGCUCUUUGAAUCCGAGAAAAACGAAGCGGCGUGCAAUGCAGCGAAAGCUUUGGUCGAGAGAAUGCCGAAAGAUUGCAACGUGGCGUUGAUGGUGUCGGACUUUCCGAAUUUGUUACUCAUGGAUAUCGAUCGGUUGUUUUCCGAUUUGACGAACGCGUUCAAAUCGACGCCGCCGGAAGAGACGUUGCGAAGAGAUCCUAGCGUUUCAUUCAGGGUGCGUUCGUUUAAUAAUUCGUACGAGGAUGAUGGAUUUUCUGAAGACGAUCGCAUCUGA